UCAAAACGACAUCGCUUGAAGAGAGUAGUUGACGAAAGUUGGACCCUAGCCGAUGCUAUCGGGGGGACUAAGCCACUGAUGCGACCAAGAAUGGCGAAAUCACUGCCUAAAUCCAAAACCCUAGAUUUCACUUCCAUCCACCACCAUCAUCCCCUCGUAGAUGCUGACUAUGAAACAUCUCCUGCUCUUCUUCUUCACCUUCCUCCACAUAUUCUACGAAAAUUGGGUCCCUAACCCCUCCUGCAACGUGGUUCACAGUGGCAACAAUCAAGAAAUCGAUCAGGGAGACCUUACAAAAGUGGAAGAUGAUCUUAAGGUUAUGAUGGUCGCUGAUUUGCUCUUGACGGGACAUGAAACAGCAUCUGGAUCCUUUGAUCUACACUUGAAAGACUUCUUCUUUUCUCGAUUCUUCAGAAAAUCAUUUGAAUUCCUGAAGCCUGAUAUGCUGAUUGUAUUAGGAGACGUAUCUGCACAAGGAGCAAAGUUAAGUACAAGCAAAUGGUCAUUUGUGCUACAAGAAUUUCACAGUCUGUUGGGUCCAUUUCUUGACCUACCAUACCAUGUCGUUCCUGGAGAUAGAGACAUCGGAGAAUGCAAUGGCCUGAAAGAAAAAUCUGUCAACAAAAUAACUAGAAAUUUUCCAGGAUUGGAUUCCGGUGGUUGUGGUGCAUUUGAAAUUGGUAAUGUUAAUUUUGUCUCACUUAACUCCGUGGCAUUGCUAUGUGGAAACAGCGACCUACGUUUUAGUGUUGAAAAGGCUCUGGAAAGAGAACGUAUAGAAAUGGAAACGGAAAGCACAAUUGAUGAGUCCUCCGGAAUCAAGAUUCCAAAGUAUGACAUUAAUUGGAGAGAAAACACAAUGUCUUCCGGUUCGGGUCCUGUACUUUUGCUCCACUUUCCAUUGCAUCAAACAGAAAACAACUCAAGACCCGAACCAUCAAAAACAAGCCAACAUAUUGGGGUUGGACCAUAUGAAUUAUCACAAAGGCUUCCACCAAAUGCAACUGAAUAUAUCUUCCAUGCUCUUAGGCCUAGGAUGGUUUUUAGUGCACAUGCUCAAAGUUUUUCAGAUCGGAUUCAUCCAGAUGGGACCCGCGAGAUAGUUGUUCCUGCCAUGUCAUGGGAUACAGGGAAGAACCCUGCUUUUGUUGCUGUAACCUUUAGAAAGAAUAAGAAUGCUACUUCUGCCAUUGUUAGCCAUUGCAAGCUUGCUGGAAGAUCUCAUGUUCUACUGUUUUACAUGUCUCUAUUCUUUCUGCUCAUAUUAACUGUUCAAACAGCUUUAAGAAGUUGAUAUAAAUUGGCCUCUCAAAUUCAUGAACCAUUUGCUUUCACAGGAAAUGACUACAGUGUAAUUUGUCA